AUAAUACACAUAGUUAAAUCAUAGCAAAAUGGGUAAAGUUCACGGUUCCUUAGCUCGUGCUGGUAAAGUUAAAUCUCAAACUCCAAAGGUUGAAAAGCAAGAAAAGCCAAAGAAGCCUCAAGGUAGAGCUUACGUUCGUUUGUUAUACACCAGAAGAUUCGUUAACGUCACCUUGACUAACGGUAAGAGAAAGAUGAACCCAUCUCCAGCUUCUCAAUAGAUUAAUGGUUGAUGAUUUUGGGUUAAUUUGCUUCAUAUGAUUCUUGUUACAUUAGUUUAAUUUUUAUAUCUUUUUAUCAUUUUGGAUAAGGAUAAUAUACAAAGUAC